GGGGCCGGGCGGGCGGCAGGAAUGCGGAACCGGCGCGCGGGCUGAGCUGCCCGGGAUGGCGCAGAGGCGGCGGCGGCGGGCGGCCUGCGUGGGGCCCUAGUGCGGCGGGGCGGGCGCUCCCCACCCGGCGGCGCGGCCAUGGCCGAGGAGCGGCGGAAGGCCGUGCUCGAGCUGCUGCAGCGGCCGGGGAACGCGCGCUGCGCCGACUGCGGCGCCCCGGAUCCUGACUGGGCCUCGUACACCCUGGGGGUGUUCAUCUGUCUGAGCUGCUCUGGGAUUCACCGGAACAUCCCCCACGUCAGCAAGGUCAAGUCCGUGCGCCUGGACACCUGGGAGGACGUGCAAGUGGAG